AUGAGCCAACAACUAGUAUUACGCUCUCUAAGACAUUCCCCAUGUUUCUUUCUCUUUCACCAUCUUACUUCUUCUAAACUUUCACCAUUACACCACCAAACCCAUCUUCUUCUUCUUCAAACACCAUCGUCAUCAUCACCACAACCCACAAAAACUCGUCGUUUCACAAUCACUGCAUCCCGCGGAAGCCUCCGAAGAGGCCAUGUUCCACCACCCACACCCGCUGCAACCCAACUCAAAGAUAGACUUCCCGAAGAACAACAACAAGAAGAUUCUUCCAUUAAGAGCCGCAACCAAAUGAAGCGUGAAGCUAAACGUGCUGUCAAAUGGGGGAUGGAUUUAGCUUCCUUCUCUUCUCCCCAAAUCAAACGAAUCCUCAGAGUGGUUUCGUUGGACCAAAUUGUUUUCGAAGCUAUUGCCUUGGUUAAGAGAAUGCGACCGGAUGUCCGCGAAGGAAGGCGGCGCCAGUUCAAUUAUAUAGGAAAAUUGCUACGGGACGUGGAACCGGAAUUAAUGGAUCGAUUAAUAAAAGCAACAAAGGAUUCUGAUCACAAAGAGCUGCAAGCUUUAACAGGCUUGGGUUCCAAUGAUCUUGAAGAUGAUGAUGAAAACUUGAUAGAAACUGAAGAAGAGGAGGAGGAUGAGGAAUAUAAAUUAUAUGAUGAGAGUCAAGUAACAAGGUGGUUUGAUGGUUUAAUCAGCAAGGACAUUCAAAUCACCAAUGAAGUUUAUUCUAUUCAAGGUGUUGAGUUUGACCGUCAGGAGUUGAGAAAGCUCGUACGCAAAGCGCACUCUGCUCAAGAAAUGAAUGCUACUAAUGGAGAAGAGGAGAAAAAAAUUGAGAUAUUAGACAUUAAGACUAAGAAGGCCCUCACUCGUUUCCUUCGGAGUCUUUCAAAGAAUAUUGCUAAUGAACAUUCUUAA